AUGUCCGGUGCUGGCGCUGAGCCAGAGGCGGCGCCUUUUCUCGCCAUCGUUAACCGACUGCUGGCGUUGGGGUCGUACAGCAUUCUGGGUAUAGACUGGGGCAGCACCGCGAUCCGUGCGAGCCUCUGCGUCAAGAGGACGAAGGAGUUGCAUUCAAUCUGGAAUACCGGUGCAACUCCAGGACACGACAUCCGGUACCAGACCGGCGCCUUCAACGCAACCCUCUAUUUUGACGAUCGCGGCGGUCUAGCCUAUACUGGCGAAAAGUUCAACGGGACCUGCACGCCCAUCCCCUCAAAAUGGUUCCUGUGCGAGGACCGCGAGACGGGGAACCCGCUCCUCGACGGCCUCCUGGCAAAGUAUAAGGGCCUGAAGAAGAGAAUCCGCAGGAAUCUGGAAGCCAUCGUGCGGACUGUCUUUCAGGAGGUGGACAAGGUCUGCAGCGAGAAGCCGUACGUCAUUGAGGAGGUCGGCCUCUCGUAUCCGGCGCACUGGACGCCCAGGGAGUUGUCUAGCUACGAGAACCUGAUCGCUGCUGUCAUGAUGGAGUUCAAGGUCAUGAAAUCGGCCCACGGUCACAUCAAGUUCCACGUAGAGAGUCUGGCGUCAGCUCACUUUCUCUUCUCGAGCCGACGCCAUAUCAAGCCUAUCCUUACCAAGGUAGACGAACCAUAUCUGUUAGUCUUUCUUGACUUUGGAGGUCAUACUAUGAAUGGCUGCAUGUUCAGCGUUGUACGACGAAGCGGCGAUAACUUGGGCUAUUUCAGAGUUGGCGAAGCCUUCACCGCUCAUGGCGGGACGCAGCUAUGGGAGAAAAAGAUUGAUGAAUUCGCGACCAAUUACGUCGAGAAGAGCCUCAAAUUAACUUUGCUCCCGAGUCAACGAGCAGAGAUCUUGGAGGAGUUCCACCUCAAGAUCAAGAGACUCCAGUCAGACAUAUUUCAAAGCAUGAUCUUGCACACGGAUGAUCCGAAAGAUAAUAGGAGUAUCGCGAUACACCUUCGCGGGAGCGACGCCAAGCAAUGUUUCCUCGACGGGCUGGAGGAGGCUCUCAACCUCGCCAGGGAGAAGAUUGCCGAAGCCGUUGCCCUGACGUCAAAUGUCAAGAUUGUUCUGUCUGGCGGCAGUGGCAAGAAUAGCCUGGUGCAGGCUGAUGUUCAGCAUGCAUGUGCGGAACUGGGGAUUGAUAAGCCCUUCCUCUUGUAUGAGGCGGUCAGUGAGAAAGACUCUUUCAACAUAAGCAAGGGCGCUGCAUAUGCCACGGCCGACAAGAUCACGGUGCAAGAAUUCAUUCAAAGGGGCGCCGCUUUUGGCUUCCAAUUAGGUCGACCGGAGAAGGGCAAGGACGGCCCCUUCAUAAGUUGGGAGAGCGCGGCAACCCUCGCUCUCGAUGCCGACGGUCCCCAUUAUUUUAGAAAGCGGUAUGGCGGGGGUACAAGGCUCAGGAUCGUCUGCGACCCCUUCCUACAAUCCUCAGCCAAGUGGGAUCACAUCCCAUCGGUGUGGUGCUACGACGUGCUCGAGAUCGCGCCGCCUCCCAAGGGCCACUGGGAGUUCAGCCUACGACUGCACGACUUUGGCCACGGCGAGCUGGGGCUGGUAAUCCGCAAGACGAAGCUGACGUGGACGAGCAAGGCCAUGGUGGAGACGAGGAAUUACGGGCCCUUUCCGCUUUUCUACGACGCGUCCUCGAACUGUUGCCUGAUCAACACGGACAAGAUCAAGAGCGAGGACAUCGACUUUUAUAACGGCAUCCUGUUGACCGAUGGGGGCGAGCUGGUGCCAUGCGACCCGGAGGCGGUGGCGGACCAGAUCCUGGACCUGCAGAAGGAGAAGGACGAUAUGCUAAGGGAGUCGAGUCGGAUGAAUGCGUCCAUUUCCGACAGAGGCAAAGAAGAGAAUGAGCAAAGCAACGCGUCUGGAAAGCGGCCCUUGCCGUCGGACCUGCACACAAGGGGAACAGAGGUGCGGGAAGGAGUAGGCCGUAACAACGACAAGGCACAAGAGCCGGCCUUUAAAAGACGACUGAUGCUACGGCAGGAGGAUCCGGAACGACACUGA